AUGGACGCGCACACCGGCGCCCCGCUCACCCCGCUGCCUCGGCAGCGCGAGGCGACCCGCCGCUUCUCCAGGCGGCCGAGGCCGCGCGCUGCGCCUCCGACGGGGGCGGCCUGGCCGCGGCGCUGGUGGCGAAUUUCUGCUUCGCGCACAACACGGGAGCCAUGUGGAAGCUGCUGGACGAGGCCAUGGCCUCCCCACCUCGUCUCGCCACUCCACACGCUCGCCCUCCUCACCCCAAGGAUGGUGCCCAACAGGCGGGCACAGCCGGAAGCGUACCGGCUCUACCUGGAGCUGCUCCGGCGGUAUGCGGUGGUGGUGCCCGUCUACUCCGAGUCGGAGCGCGUUAAGACCAGCAAGGCCAUGUAAGCUUCGCUUUUACUACUUACCUUCGGGACUGU